GGGAUGUGCAGCUGUCCGGGGGAUGACAUUGACGCCGUGAGCACGGCCCUGAGCCGCCUUGCUGUGGUCGGCGAGGGGAGUCAGUCCACUCAAGAGGCUUUUAGGAUAGAAUAUGAUACUUUUGGUGAACUUAAGGUCCCAAGUGACAAAUACUACGGUGCCCAAACUGUAAGAUCUACAAUGAACUUCAAAAUUGGAGGUGUUUCAGAAAGGAUGCCAGUUCAAGUCAUAAGGGCCUUUGGCAUCUUGAAGAGAGCAGCUGCUGAAGUAAAUCAAGAUUAUGGUCUCGACCCAAAGAUUGCUAAAGCUAUUGUACAGGCAGCAAAUGAGGUAGCUGAAGGAAAAUUAAAUGAUCACUUCCCAUUGGUAGUGUGGCAGACUGGGUCUGGAACUCAAACCAAUAUGAAUGUCAAUGAAGUCAUCAGCAACAGAGCCAUUGAGAUAAUGGGGGGCACCCUGGGGAGCAAAAAGCCAGUACAUCCGAAUGACCAUGUUAACAAAAGCCAGAGUUCAAAUGACACUUUCCCAACAGCAAUGCAUAUUGCUGCUGCCCAGGAGGUUAAUGAGGUGUUGUUACCUGGACUGAAGAAGCUACAGAAUGCACUUGAAGGGAAAUCCAAAGAGUUUUCCCAAAUCAUAAAAAUAGGGCGCACUCAUACGCAAGAUGCUGUUCCACUUACACUUGGACAGGAAUUUAGUGGUUAUGUGCAACAAAUUAAAUAUGGUGUGGCUAGGAUUGAAUCAACCAUGCCAAGAGUAUAUCAGCUGGCAGCUGGCGGGACUGCAGUUGGCACAGGAUUAAACACAAGAAUUGGCUUUGCUGAGAAAGUUGCUGCUAAAGUGGCUGAACUGACAGGUUUGCCUUUUGUCACUGCUCCAAAUAAGUUUGAGGCGCUUGCAGCCCAUGAUGCUCUAGUUGAACUCAGUGGGGCCAUGAACACGGUGGCCUGUAGUCUGAUGAAAAUAGCUAAUGAUAUUCGUUUCCUGGGUUCUGGACCGCGCUCUGGACUUGGAGAACUCAUCCUGCCUGAAAAUGAACCAGGAAGCAGCAUCAUGCCAGGAAAAGUGAACCCUACCCAGUGUGAAGCUGUAACGAUGGUGGCAGCCCAAGUUAUGGGAAACCAUGUUGCUGUUACUGUAGGAGGAAGUAAUGGACACUUUGAACUGAAUGUCUUUAAGCCCAUGAUGAUUAAAAAUGUUUUAAACUCUGCAAGACUUCUUGGAGAUGUGUGUGUUUCUUUCACUGACAACUGUGUAGUAGGAAUUCAAGCCAAUACGGACAGGAUCAACAAACUGAUGAAUGAAUCUUUGAUGUUGGUAACAGCACUGAACCCACAUAUAGGAUAUGAUAAAGCAGCUAAGAUUGCCAAAACUGCGCACAAAGAAGGGACAACGUUAAAAGAAGCUGCUAUAAAGCUGGGGUUCCUUACGUCAGACCAGUUUGAUCAGUGGGUGAAGCCUAAAGAUAUGUUAGGUCCACAGUAACUCCUGUACAAAAUAAAAAAAGUGUUCUUAAUAUAAAAAAAUAAAACAAAUAUGAUAUCACAGAA